AUGGACUUUUUGCCCAUAAUUGUUAAAAGAACUGUUGAAAAAAUUGUUGAUUACACUAUAGAACCGGUUGUACGGCAAGUGGGUUAUGUAAUAAACUUGAAAAGCAAUGUUGAGAAUCUAAAGAGUGAAGUUGACAACUUAGUUGAUGCUAAAGGAAGGGUCCAGCACUCUGUUGAUGAAGCAUUAAGAAAAGGCCACAAAAUGGAAGCUGACGUUGAGAGGUGGAUGAAAAAGGUGGAUGAGAUGAUUGGAGAGGCAAAUGAAUUCUUGAAAGAUGAAAACCAAUGGAAGAAGAACAAGUGUCUAUUGGGAUUGUGUCCAAGUUUGAUUUCAUCCCGUUAUCGUCCAAGCCGGAAGGCAACAAAAAUUGCACAAGUAGUUGCUGAAAUCCGACAAGGGGGAGACUUUCCUAGUGGUGUCUCAUAUGCCACUCCUCCAAAGGAUGUAUGGACAACUGCUGGGUACCUAGCUUUUGAAUCGAGGGUUUCUUUUGCAACUCAAAUUAUAAAGGAACUCACAGAUUCUAAUAUCCACAUGAUUGGAGUAUUUGGAAUGGCUGGUGUUGGAAAGACCACACUUGUCAAAGAAAUUGGCAGGAGAGCAGAAGAGGAGAAGUUAUUUGAUAAUGUGGCCAAAGUAGAAGUGAGACAUAAUCCAGAUUUGAAGAGAAUUCAAAGAGAAAUUGCGGAAAAAUUUGGUGUGGAGAUUGAUGAAAAUUUGACCAUAGCAGGACGAGCGCGCCUUCUAAGUGACUACAUAAGAAACAAGAAGAAUAUUCUUGUAAUUCUGGAUGACGUUUGGGAAAUGCUUGACUUGGAAACGUUGGGACUUCCAUUUGGGAUAUGUAAAGUUCUGUUGACUUCAAGAAAACGAGACGUAUUGUCCUCCGAGAUUGGCACGCAGAAGGAGUUUCGACUGGAAGUUUUAGACGAAAAAGAAACUUGGAGUUUGUUUGAGAACAUCGUGGGUGAUGCUGUUAAAGACCCUGAUAUUCGAGACACAGCAAUUCAAAUAGCCAAAAGAUGUUCAGGCUUGCCAAUUUUGGUUGUGACACUUGCAAAAGCAUUGAAAGGUAAAAGUUCACACUCAUGGAAAGAUGCUCUGAGACUUCAAAAAAUGUGUGAAGGAAAAGAAAUGCAAGAAAAAGCAUACUCGGGCAUAGAGUGGAGUUACAAUCAGUUGGAAGGUAAGGAGGUGCAAUCAUUGUUUUUGAUCUGUGGUAUGCUUGGGGGAUACAAUUACGUUGAAGACUUGUUCGAAUAUACAAAGGGUUUGGGUUUGAGUUUGUUUCAAGGCAUCAAUACAAUGGAAGAAGAACGUAGUAGAUUGUAUUCAUUGGUUGAUAAACUCAAAGACUCUUGUUUGUUUCUAGAUACUUUUCCAAAUCGUUCGGCCACAAUGCAUGAUCUUACUCGUGACAUUGCUAGAAAAAUUGCUUCUAGAGAUCAGCAUUUCUUAUCACUAAUAGAUGGAGACGAAUUCAAGGAAUGGCCAAACAAAGAAUUCCUUGAAAAGUGCACUUUAUUAUCUUUCCAUUGGAUCAACAUUCCCAGACUUCCUGAGCAGUUGGAAUGCCCAAAGCUACAACUCUUCAAAUUGUAUGCUGCACAAAAAUCACUGCCAAUUCCCCACAACUUUUUCAAGGAGAUGAGAGAGCUCAAAGUUUUAGAUUUAGCCUGUACCUGUAUUCCCUCACUGCCUCCAUCUAUUGUUUCUUUAACAAAUCUGCAAACACUAUGUCUAGAUCAGUGCGAAUUGAGAAAUAUAGCAAUGGUUGGUGAGCUAAGAAGCUUGGAAAUUCUUAGCUUGGUGCAUUCCAAGUUUAAACUGUUACCCAAACAGCUAGGUCAGUUGACUCGACUACGGCUGUUGGAUGUAAAUGGUUGCUCUGAACUUGAAGUAAUUCAUCCGAAUGUCAUAUCCCGCUUGACAAGAUUAGAAAUUUUGAGGAUGGAUAACAACUUCAUCAACUGGGAGAUUGAACAAGUAAGCAAUGUCAAUGAAAGAUGUAAUGCUAGCCUUUCAGAGCUAAAGCAUUUGUCUAACCUGACCACAUUAAACGUAAAUUUUAAGGAUCCUAGCCAGUUACCAAUCAAUUGUUUUUCUGAGAAGUUGGUAUAUUUCAAGAUAUCUAUUAUUGGUGAUGUUUGGAUGUGGUAUGGUCCAAACUUAACUCCCAAGUCGUUGAAACUUAAGCUCUCUCAAACCAAUCAAUUGGACCAAGGUCUUCAAACAUUGAUGAAAAAGUCUGAAGAUCUGUUCCUGGAUGUGUUGGAGGGAGUUAAUGAUAUAGCUUAUCAACUAGACAUGGAUGGUUUUCCGCGACUGAAAAAUCUCCAUGUCGAAAAUAAUCCUGACAUUUUGCAGAUUGUAAACUGCUGGAGUUCUUCGCAUAUUGCCUUCCCCGUCUUAGAAACAUUAUUUCUAUGCAACCUUGUUAGUUUGGAAAGUGUAUGCUCUGGGGAACUGCCACGUGGGUCUUUUAAACACUUAACAAUCAUACAAGUGGAAAAGUGUCCCAAAUUGAAGAACCUCUUUACCUUUUCUACUGCCCUACACUUUUUGCAGCUUCAAGAGAUAAAAGUGGUUGAUUGCAAUAACCUGAAAGAGAUUGUUGUUGAUGAAAAUGAAGAAAAUUUUGAGGCUCAAGUAAAUAUUGAUCACAUUGAAUUUCUUCACUUACGAUCUUUGGCAAUAAAAUGUCUACCAAGGCUUACUUGUUUCUCCUCAAAUAAUAAUAAGAAUAUUGCAAGAUUCAAAGAAAUUAUUCAGAAUAGUGGAAUCGUUAAUCCCAUGGGACUUUUUAGUCAGAAGGAACAUGUUGCGUUCCCAAAGCUUGUUGAAAACUUAACAAACUUGAUCGUGGAUGGCUGUGCUGGUUUAACUUUCUUGUCUUCAUCUUCCAUGGCUAAAAACUUUGUGCAACUCAAAAAGCUUCGGAUAUGCAGAUGUCAAAAUAUGGUGGAGAUAAUAUCAACAGAAGAAUAUAAUGGCAUUGAAGAAAAUAUUGAUAACAAUAUUUUUGCUAAUCUAGAAUCUCUGGAGCUAAAUACUCUUGCAAACUUGGAAACAUUCUGCUCACCAGCAACUUACCUCAAAUUUUCAAGUUUGAAUUCCUUGGAUAUAAAGGAUUGCACUAAGCUGGGGCCAUUCAUCCAUGGUGGCGUGAGCAAAAAUAUAAGAGAUGAUGCUCUACACUAUUUGUUUGACGAAAAGGUUGGUUUUCCUAGCUUGGAGAAAUUGGUUAUCGAAGGCUUGCAUAAGUUGCGGACAAUAUGGCACACCCAACUUGAUCCAAAUUCGUUUUGCAAACUCACCGAAAUCCAGGUUGAUGCUUGCCAAAGUUUAAUACGUAUUCUUGAGCCCUGUAUACUCCAAAGAUUGGACAGUAAUGUGAAGGUUUUAGAUAUAAGGAACUGUGGUUCAUUGCAAGCGGUAUUUAAUGAUACAUUAUUAGCGCCUCAUCAUUCGGAAAUGUUCAGCUGUCGAAAUCUUUGUGAAGUUUAUAUUCGCAACUGUAGAAAUCUGAAAAAUGUAUUCCCAGCAUACAUGGCCAGAAAUAGAAAUCUUAAGAAGCUACAGACGUUGUGGAUUCACCAUUGUGAGACACUGGAGGAAAUCAUUGGUGAAGAAGUGGGAGUAGAAGAAGCAACUAUGCCUAAGUUUGUGUUUCCAAGUGCAAAGGAUGUAUGCCUCUACAAUCUGCCGCAGCUCAGUAGUUUCUAUCCGGGGAUGCAUACUUCCAAGUGGCCCUCACUCACUGAAUUUUUGGUAUAUAGAUGUGACAAACUAGAGAUGCUGGCUGCGGAAUCUUCAUGUUUGCUGCAGCAACAUCAUCACUUGGUCAUACCAACCUAUAAACAAGUAUUCCUUUUGUUCGAGAAGCUUUCUUUCUCCAAUUUGAAAACCUUGGCGUUGGACUUGAAGGAGACAUCGUAUGGUUCAUACCCAGUAGAGUUUUUUAAAAUUAAGUUUCUCAUCGUUUUUUGCCGACACGUUACAUCAGCUGUUCCUCCAUCUGUUUUAUUUCAGAAAUGUCACAAUCUUGAAACACUUUAUGUGUUAUAUGGAAAUAUUGAAGAAAUAUUUAUCCACGAAGGAUCUUUGGAUGGGGAAGUACAUCUAGGUUGGACUCAGCUGACACACUUAAAAACUCUCAAGAUUGCUAUGAUGCAGAAGCUGAAGCAUGUAUGGAAAGGCAACUCUCAUUUUGGAGGUCCAGUUUUCCCCAAUUUGGAAACUCUACAAGUGGAGGAUUGUGCAAGACUAAAGAAUAUAGUUUCAUCUGCUAUUUCCUUCAGUAAUAUUGUGGAAUUGGAAGUAGCCAACUGUAAUGGAAUGAAGCAUUUAAUCACAUAUUCAGUGGCUAAAGGCUUCAUCAAUCUUGUGAAGAUGAAAGUUCAAAACUGUCAAAGAAUGAUAGAAAUCGUUGGAUGUGAUGACGACCAUGGGGGUAUUAUUGAUGAAGAAAAUGAAAUUACUUUCAGUCGGUUGCAGUAUUUGCAACUUUCUGACCUACCAAAUCUCAAAGGUUUUUGCUCCCGGAAUUACAAUGUUAGAUUCCCAUUCCAUAUUACUUUGUCAGUGUCUAGAUGCCUAGAGAUGGAUAUUUCUCAUGAUGGAGUACUCUUAGAUGAUUCCAAACGAGAAAGAGUACCAAUAAUUGAAGAAGAAGAUGAUGAUGAUGGCGAUGAUGAUGACACCGGUGCGUAA